AGCUACUAGGAAGGUAGAGGCCGCGGCGAGCCGAGGUCGGGCCGCUGCACCCCAGCCAGGGCGACCGGGCGAGACCCCGUCUCAAAAUGAGUAAGUAAACAAAGUGCAAGGUUCAGAGGCAACGGGCACUUUCACACCGAUGCGACCAUCUCCACCUCGGUUCCUGAACAUCCUCGUGGCCCCAGGGGGCGGCCUGGCCCUCCCUGCCCGCGCCGCACCCGAGCUCCCCGGCCGCGGGGCCCCCGACCCGGGUCCGCUGCCCUCACGGCGCCCUCGGAGCCACAGCUGCGGCCGGGGCCGUGCUCCGGGACGGUCCGCGCUGCGUUGCUGUUUAUCCAUCGUCCGCGAAUAGCCACGGGCGCUGCGGCCCCGUUCUCCUUUCAGACCCCGCCGCGGCCCCACAUCGGCUCCCCAACACGCGCCACCACUGCGAGUUCAGGAGCACAACUGGGCACCCGCGGGCUGACGGGAGACGACCUUCGCCCCGGAAGUAUCGCAGGGGCUGACCCGGAAGCGCUCGUGACCACCAUUUCCGACGCGGGCAAGAUGGCAGCGGCGCGGCGCGUGCGUUGUUGAGUAUCCGGGACGCCGGCCUGCAGGCGCCAUGGUCUUCCUCACCGCGCAGCUCUGGCUGCGGAAUCGGGUCACCGACCGCUACUUUCGGAUCCAGGAGGUGCUGAAGCACGCCAGGCACUUCCGGGGAAGGAAAAAUCGCUGCUACAGGUUGGCGGUCAGAACCGUGAUUCGAGCCUUUGUGAAAUGCACCAAAGCCCGAUACCUGAAGAAAAAGAACAUGAGGACCCUCUGGAUUAAUCGAAUUACAGCUGCUAGCCAGGAACAUGGACUGAAGUAUCCAGCGCUCAUUGGGAAUUUAGUUAAGGCACUUCCAGGUUGGCUUAAAAGGGUUACCCUAGGCCAGCAGUCAGCUCAGUCAGGGUGGUGACCAAGGACCCUGAACAAGGUGUUUGGUUCCCCGGGCCGACAUCAGGACUGGAGUCCAGCCUCCCUGCAGAUUCCACAGGUGCCUCCCUCACCCGUGUCCACAUUUAUCCUUCAGCAUCCUGCCUGGAAGUCCUCUGCUGUGCCACCCAGAUAGGAUUCUCCUAGGCCUUCCCUCCCCCCAGGCGAGUGUGCAGCUGGGUUCUUCCUGAGCCAGCGCCGCAACCACGCAGAGCCGGAGUGUGUGUCUCACACUGACAGCAGGUUCUGAUUCAUUCUUUUCUCAGUGCCAGGUGGAGCUCAACAGGAAAGUCCUAGCGGAUCUGGCCAUCUACGAGCCAAAGACUUUCAAAUCUUUGGCUGCCUUGGCCAGUAGGAGGCGACACGAAGGAUUUGCUGCUGCCUUGGGGGAUGGGAAGGAACCUGAAGGCAUUUUUUCCAGAGUGGUGCAGUACCACUGAGGACUGUUGCUGUAUUGAUUAGGAAAAGAGACAGAGUAAUUUGCAGUUUGUUUGAUUUAUACUUUUGUUUAUCUACAUCCCAAUAACAGACAUGAGGGAUGGCCCUGUCUCUCUGGGACAGAGCCUCACAGAUGACGUCCAUGUUUUGUGUGAAUGAAACUCAAACACUCUUCA